ACGAAGGAGGAAAAGAGCCUCCACGUCACAGAGGUGUAAUAUCGGCAUCAGUGAAACCCAAGGUGCUACCUCGAUUCCAGGACCAUUGUACACUUUCAGACUCCUCCAUGUAGGCUAUGGUAACUCGUGUGAGCACAAAGCGAAGAUAUAUCCAGCUGCUCGGCGUCGCUAGAGAAACUGCUGGUACUCUGCGCAAGAGUGCCCCACUGCCUCGGCUUCUCGAUGGGUGAAUCAGGCUCACGUCGGUCCACACUUGUGUCCCGCCUGCCAAUCUUCCGCCGCAGCAGCAGUAAGAGGCAGGAUUCUCUCCCCUCUUCUCCGUCUUCAGGUGGACAGGGCAAUGGAGUCCACACCUCUUCACCCUCCAGCACCAACUCCAGUUCAGGCAGCACGGGAAAACGCCGCAGCCUUUUCAGAACUCCAUCUCUCAAUUUCUCAGCUAAACGGAAUAGUGAUCCACGUGUCAAGCCUAUAAACCUAAACCUUACACCCCCCCUGACACAGAGCACUGACACCAAUGGAAAUAACCAGCAGAUUUCAACGUCAUUGUCAACGGGGUUCAGUGAAGGCGGUGGACGGCCAAAGUCACGCCACUCGUUUGGAUUCGGCAGCCACAAGCAAAAGAAAAUCUCCCGCUCUCAGACGGAGGAUUUUGAAAAAGGGUCCUCGUCCUCCUCGUCCACAGCCAAUCGAAAUGUAUUUAUAAACUGUAUAAGUGGGUCAGGGGUCAAUGAGGGUGACGACUCCGGGUACCUGGAUGACUACAGUGGUGGUACUGGUAGUAAUAGUAAACGGUCGUCACGGAAGAAACAGCUGCUGCCCAAAUCUUUCUCCGCUCACCACCGCUUCUCCCGGACCUCAGACCACCACAGACCUCCAGAAGUGAAUCUGGAACCUCCAAGCUCCACCACCAUCACUCCAGGUGGCGGAGGCCUCACCCCGGGCUCAUGGCCAGGCGAGCUUGGUGCCGGUGGGGAAAGCUCACUCCAGUCCCCUAUGAUAUCAGAGGACGGAACCACAGCCAUCACCCCGUCAGAGUUCAUCCCCAUCACGGAGGAUUCUGUAUCUGAGGUGGAUGCUCUGCCAGCUCCCAGCCCCGGACCUGGUGUAGCCCCUCCUGCCUCUGUGCCCGAGCCAGCUAUUUACCCAGCUCCACCUGAGUCCCCACCUGCUCCAGAGAACUUCAGCUUGGUUGUUUCUACAUCCCAGGUCUUCUUCACUCCAGCCCAGUCCAGCACUGAAAAACCUUUACUCCCUGACACCAGCACAGCAAACAACACAGACUAUGAGACUGCCAUUUCCCUCUCAGAGCCUGAGACAGCUGUACCCUGCCUACCUCUGCGGGAACAAUCACUGGAAGAGAGAAGGGAAAGGGAGGAAGAGAGAAAGGAAGUGAGGGAUGAGUUGUCAGCAGUGGAGAGGAAGGAGUCAGUGGAGAAGAGGAAGGCGGGUUACCACACGGAGACCACCAGCGAGAGCGAGGCAUGUGUGGUACGCAGCGAGGGGUGUCAAUCGAACCCAGAGCAAUCGGAAAGGAGGGCAAGAAUCACACGCUCCAUUCAAGAAAGAGGAAGCUUCUGUGGCUGCCACGAGCCAAGGUCUUCUCAUUUGAGGAAACCACAUGCAGCAGCCUCUCUGUGUAGCAGUGUCAGCCCCUAUCAUGAGGUGAUGCGGAUGGAAAGGCGUCUUCGCUCCUCAUCUGAGGGGGCUGGUGGUCCUCGUGUCCAUGGAAACCACAAAGAUGCCCCGGGCAUGGAGGGAUGUGGCCUCCUCAAACACAGAAACAACUCCUCGUCCUCCAAACUGGGCAGUCUGGAUGUUUUAAACAACCUGGGUUCGUCCGAGCUGGAUGAAGAUGAUCUCAUGUUGGACCUGGACCUUUCUGAUGACCAGCGACAUCGACAUGUGUCCAGAGAAGACUCCAGUCAGUCCCUGGCUUCCUGCCUCAACCUGCUCCCCUCCCCCCUGGACCCAUCAGGAGAUCGCAUCCCAGGGAAAGAAAUCAAUCAGAGAGAGCCCUGCCGUCCGACCAGCCUGCUGCCUGCUGACUGGAGCUCUGGGCUGGGAUUGGGAAGGGAAGAUGAGCCAUUACCUCCAGGUCUUGAGACCCUUCCACUCCGACUGAUGCAGCAGGACUGCACUGCUGUCAAAACCCUGCUUUUAAGACUGAGACGGACACUGCAGGAGAGCACAGAGACAAGUCCUGCAAGCAGCCUCCAGUCUCUACCCAUAAGCCCUUGCAGUGAAAAGUCCCUUCCAUUUAAGGAUCCCAGCAGAGAGGGGGCCUUGCUGCAACAACUGAGAGAGAAAGAUGAACUGAUCCUCAGACUCCACAGUGAACUGGAGAGUGCCAAAGCUGCCCUGAAGAUGAAAGACUGCCAAAUGACUGACCAUGCAACACAGACGGAACACAUGGGGCCAGAGAUCUGUCAUCCAGGCCGGUGGUCAGGACUCGGCAGCAGCCUGGCUUCAAGGGACCGAAGGGUAGUGCGGGGUGUGGGGGCAGCACUCGGAGGGGACCUCUGUAAUCAGCACCCCCCACACCACUAUCCACCUGUGCACGGCCGCCCUCCUGCGUCUGAGCGACACACUGCCAGGGAGGAGCGCCAUUGCCUGGGGGUCUUGGCACAAUCCGCUACCCGUAACCCUGCUCCCAAUCUGGCUUCAGGCUCCUCCACUUCUGCAACGUCAGCCCAAGCUUCAAUCACUACUCCUGCUCUGCUCCAAGCUUCACUCACUACUCCAGCUCAGCUCAAAGCUUCACAUCCAGGCCUUAGUCCAAAUCAAUGCCCAGGCUUCGGCUCAGCGGCUGCUAAUCACACCGCAAUUCCAUCUUUGUCCUCCAGGCAGCCAGAGGGGGUGUCCUCCUCUUCAGAGUCCAUAACUCUUGGAGGUGGAGUGAGUCUGUCAGGUGGGGUUAGGAGAGGGGGAGGAGAACACCACCCCACGAGCCAUAUCCCUCGUGCAUUCGGGUCCAGCGCGUCCUCAAGCCUCCACAGUCUUGCAAGCAGAGGGAGCCCCUCGCCAAGCAUCUCAUCCUCCAUCCAGGCCUCCCCUCCAGCUUCUACUCCUUCGCCAGCCUCCUCUUCCUCUUCUUCCUCCUCCACCAUGUUUACGGGUCGUUUAGGACAACCUCCGAGAGGCCCUCUGUCUCUGCAUAGCUACAGCCGUAAAAAUGUCUUCCUCCAACAUUCCCUACAGACUGCCGAACUGCAAGCUCUGACGCAGAGAGACAGUUGAGGGUACACAAACAUUUACACCAUCCAUAUUAACUUGAACGACAAAAUGUGUGUCUUUAGAGAAAAACUGCUGCUCCUUUGGUACCAGUUGCAUAUGUUUUAGUGUCCCGAUUCCCCUUGAAUCAUGUACCACAUGCGCUUACAAUCAUGCUUGUAUCACAAUCCAGACUUAUCCUUUGCUGCCAUUUGGUUCUUGGAUUUGCUUGCUAAAAUCAUGCAUAUGGCACACACAUACACAAACACAUAUCAAGCUGUGAGUAUGUGAAAAAGGCACUCACCUGUCUAUCACGACACCCACGUUGUGUCAUUUCAACAGUUUAGAUGUGCUUACGCCCACUGACACACAAAGUGCAGAGAGACGCACAACUUCAUAUCCAUGCACUUAGACACCGAUGUAGUCACACACACUUAGAAACACACACACACACACACGCACAUGUGCGCACGCACACACGCACACACACACACACACACACACACACACACACACACACACACACACACACACACACACACACACACACACACACACACACACACACACACACAUACAGACAUCAUUUGUGAAAUCUUUGCUUCAUAAACUGCAGAUAUAACAGGGUGUUAAAACUAAGUGCAGAGAUGAGGUUCAUUUUGGUGUUGUUAAAGGUUUUUUUUAAUCCUUUUGUUUGAUGAUUUUUAAAAGUCUAACCAUGUGCUGCUUAAUGAAUUAUGGGACAGGUCUUACUUUGCCCUGUUAAGAUUAUACUCUCACAUUGCCAAAUCCUUUAUCAGAUCAACUUUUCAUUCCUGGAUGUCAGGUGACGGGAGGUCCAGAAGAAAAUACAUGUUUAGAUGAUCAUCCAGAUCCAUGACCCUUAUACUGCAUGCUUUUUAAAAUGUAAGGAGAUUACAGGUGAGCAUUUUGUACUGCAACAAAAGAGGGAUAUGGGUGACUUUUAAAGUCUUUUAAUAACGAUUAAGUAUCAACUACUCAGUGUUUCACUAAGGAAAUCAGACAUGCCAAAACUUAUGAAACAAGAGUGUUUUGAGAAGUAAAUGUUUGAUGCAUUCAUAACACAUUAGAAGCACUUUUGGGUUAAAACUAGACCACUGUUUUUAUUGAAUCACAAUAUAUGUCACAUUUAUAUACUGUACAGGAGUCAGUGUAUCUGCAAUGUUAGAUUAGUACAGUACUGACAUGUAAAGCUUCCUUUUAAAAUUAGAUAGCAGCCAUGUGAAUCAUUCGGCACUAACAUAUAACACUGAGUAGCACAAAGUAAUUAGCACUGCGGAACAUUACCUAACAAAAUAAAAACACUUCAGGCAAUGAGAAGGAGCAAAAUUUGGCACAACCAGCAUUAUGUAUUUUUUCUAAGGUUUUGUAAUGAAGCCAGUCAAUUCUUCUUCAGGACUGGGUAUUGACUAGGGGUACCUGCUGGUGCUUUGCUAAAUGACAGAAUCCAUACUAAUUUUUAGAAUAAAAACUGAAUAAGGUUUCAAAUAAUGGCAUUACAGUUAGCUGACAUUCUGUAUACAGAAGCAAGUGAAGGAAAACAAUAGAAAGUUGUUUACUUGAUCAAAUAAUGAAAUAAAUAAUCAGAUAAAGUGAUUUUACCAACUAUACCUUAAGAAAAAGCAUCAGCACUGGGUUCCUGCUGAUACCCAGUCCUUAUAUACCAGCCUUCUAUUAUCCUUGUCUCAGAAUUGUUCUUUUCAAAAACUGACCUAAAGAGAUAGCAUUUGGUAUAAUUUGUUGGAAUAUGUUAUUUUUGGACAGUAUGACUCAUAACUUUGAGUAAGAUUCACAUAUAUUAUAACUGCCAUGACCUGCUGAGUCGCAUCAUUAUUUUCAAUUUGGGAGCAUGUGUCAACUUCAAAAAUAAGAUACCACCUUUUUUAGAAAUGUGAACAACUGGGCAGCAAAACAACCUCUUCACUCUGCAACUCUUGAAUAUAUUUCCUCCGCUGAACUGAGUAAACUGUCAAACAGCCCUUUUUUCCACUAGGUUUUGGGGUAAAAAAAAAUCUAAUAAUGUCCACCGGGAGCUGGGAGGCUGCACAGCUGCUAAGUACAGGCCAGGAGUUCAGCGCUCCCAGCGUCUACAGAAAAUGUUAGACUUUAUAGAAGUUGUUGCCCUUGCCUGUCUCCAACAGCACCUGGCUGUAGGGAGGCUGUAUAAAGUGUGUGUGUGUGUAUGUGUGCGUGUGCGUGUGUGUUGAAAUGCACACCUCAUGACAUGAGGCAAGGCCUGGUAGAGGGGAAGAAAAGCCCAAAUGAAGACAGCUCUGCUCCCACUGGUGGAAACUACUACUCUCCCUCUGGUCUGCUUCACUUGCAUACUAUUACCUCUAUUUUUUAUUCUGUCUCUUCUAUUUCUGUCUUUAUUUCUUCAAUUUCUUAUUCCCCUUCAAUAUUUCCCUAUAUAUUUCCCUUCUUCCAUCCCCCAGCACCAAACUGUACUGCAUGCAAACUCAGUCGCUCCUUUUGUUCCUGUCCUCUUACUAAAUCGGUUAUCUUUCUUUCCCCACUAUCAUGUCCCAGGUCUUUCCUUCCCUCCUUCUCUUUUCCCUGCUUAGUGUACUAACCCAGGGCUUGUACUGUAUUGUUAUAGAGUGUAUCUGUAACAGACUCUGUGCAGUGGCUCUCAGUCCUGGGCAUUGGGGCCUGAUUUUCAUUCCAGCUGUCUAAUCAGGGAGUCAUUUUACACCGGGUGAAUGCAAUUAACUACCUGGUAGUUUAGACAGCCAGCAGUAAUGUGGCUCCAGAGGACUUGGACAGAGAGGCGCAGCUGUAAUGGGGAACUAAACAUUCCCUGGCCGUCUUGUUUACAUGCGGAGGGUGACGAUGCUGUGUUGCUGGCUGACCUCUUAAGAAAUACUAUUUAGAUCCCUCGUCAAUGCGUGCAUCAUAAUGCUGUUGACACUGUGAAAUGUCAUAGGGGGGAGUUUGGCUCUGCUUGCACUGCCCACUCAGAUUAUAAUUAAAUGUUUGGGUUUUUUUCCUGUGUUUCCGACAGCGUUGCUCAUUUUAGCUGUGUUCAUAUUGGGAAUCCAUACAAUAUAUGAUGAUUAUGAGACAUUCUGAGAUGGCAUUUCAAUUUGUCAAUGAGGUCUUAUUAAGACAUUAAUGCCUGUGUUAAUUAAUUAACUCAUAUUAAACUUCAACGCUGGGGAACAAGGGUCCCCAAUCAUGAAAUGGGACACGUCAGAGACCUUAAUUCUUCAUUUCACAUAGCAGCAUGUUGUGCAUUUAAAAACCUACAUUUUCAUUUUUUGGGAAGUUAUUUAUUGUUUUUUGCCUUACUUGUAUUUAUUGCCAUAGAAUCAGUUUCCUUCUUGGCACCUACAGAUUAAAAUUGGUCAUGAAAUGACAAUUAUAAUAAUCAUGAUGUUAUUAUCAUUUUAAAGAAUCACAUAUAUACUGUCCUAGCUUUUUACGUGCUUACUGUAAUUAAGUUUAUUUUUUCUUUACAAAUUGCUGUAAUAAUGAAAUUGAGCUGUAGAAUUGUACAUAAUUAUUAUAACUGUUCACUGUUCAUCAACACAAAUGUUUCAUGCUAAAUGACACUUAAUAAUAGCGUCCAAAAUCAGUACACUGUUUGUUGGCACUUAACAGCCUGAAAUAAAAAAAGGACAUUUGUUUUUGUUGACUAAUGUCAAAUGCUGUUAGAAGUCUGAGCUCCUAACAAAGUGCUUCUGGCGAAAAAUAAUAAAAAAUUAAUCUUAUCAAAUUAAUAUAUUUAAUAGUAAACUAAGACCCUACGCUCAAUUUUUCAUGUAAAGGCCAGUUGUGUUGGGUCCCUGGUUUACCUUUUACCCUCUUUGAACAAAAAAAACAGCCUUUGCAUUAUGACUAUUGUUGCUUCAGGUUUCUUUGAAAGACAUGACUCUGUGUCAGAAAUGAUGAUAAUUGAUGAUAAUCUAUUAAAGCUGCUUUUUCAGUUCAGGCUGAAGUCUGCGUAUAAGUAUAUAAAACUGUCGGGUACAUUUAUACUGUAAGCCUCUGACCGGCUAGCCUAUACUGUAAAUGCAUUUGGGGUAAUCCAUGUAGGUAGAGGAAUCGAAGAGUCUGUCUUCAUUUAGCAGAUUUUUUCCACUUCCUAAUGAGCAGUUUGUGUAGAAUUGUUUGAUGGGCGUAUUAAGGUCUAAAGCAUUGCAGUGUGUGUUUACCCAAAGUGUUUUCUCUUUACUUUGCCAGUUGUCACUCACUGUUCACAUGAAUAAUGUUUUAUCAAAAGAUUUCGUCCUCGUCUCUUUAUUGUUGAUAUUUGAUACAAAUAAAUUACUGGAAACCUU